AUGGCGAUGGCCGCGCGGCCACAGACGCCCGUGCAGGAUGCAUACUCGAUCCCGCAACCCAGCGACCCCGGCAUUUUGAGUCGCGGCUAUGGCAACCUUCGUUCUUCCUCACGACCCAGUUCCUAUGCUGGCACCGGUUCGGCCUUUCAUUACGGCCCCCUCGACCAGUCGAUACCGCAUAAUCCCCGUUUUAGGGAGGAGUUCGACACGGCCAGUCACCGCAGCUCGGUCGUGCUCGACCGCCCCGUCUCCACCCUACAGCGCUCGGCGUCGCAAAUGUCCCAGGCUCGAUCGCCGACCCCGUCCCGAUCGGGAACUCUACGCAAGAAAGCUUCCUUGAGCAAGAAGGGGAGUUUGCGACGCAACGGAAGUCGCCGAUCAUUGCGCGCGGGGAGUGUCAAAAGUCUCAGCUUGGGCGACCGCGAGAAAUACAAUGCCGAUGGCUCGGAAGAUGUUAAUAGCGCCUUCUUGAUCCCUAUCCCGACCACUGGAAACCCGACGGAGGUGCUUGCGAACCGCUUUCAAGCUUGGCGGAAGAUCCUCAAGGACCUGAUCGUCUUCUUCAAGGAAGUACAGAAAUCCUACGAAGCUCGCUCCAAGUUAUUCCUAUCCGCCUCCCAUGUGAUGAACAACCAGUCGCUUCCCCCAUCAUUCCUACAGUCGGGCGGUCUUGCCGACGCCACUGAGAUUCUACAAAAUUUCCACCGCCAGGGAUAUACCGAGGCCAACAAGGCCGUCGAGGUCGAAAUCGAAGUCAUCAGCCAACUGACGGGCCUCCGAAGCGACCUUCAGAAAAAGACCAAGGAGAUCAAGAAUCUUUCAGGAGAUUUCAAGAACACGGUCGAGAAGGAGAUUGACGGCACGCGCAAGGCCGUGCGCUAUUUGCACGAAUCUUUAGGACUAGUAGACACCGAUCCCUCUGCUACCUCCGGCAAAGGCGACCCGUUCCUGAUGCGACUCAAUGUUGAAAAACAAGUAGAGAAGCAGAUUGAGGAAGAAAACUACCUUCACCGAGCAUUCUUGAACCUAGAAAGCUCCGGGCGUGAACUCGAGGCGAUUGUUGUUAGCGAGAUCCAAAAGGCCUACAAUGCGUACGCCAGUAUUCUCAAGCGCGAGGCUGACGAGGCGUAUGAUACGGUGGAUAAACUGCGGGCCGGCCCGAUUUCGAUGCCCCAGGAUCACGAGUGGAACACAUUUGUAGCCAACACCGAUGAGCUAGUCGACCCGCGAAUCCCGCUGCGAAACGUGGAGAGUAUCACUUACUCUGGUAAGGAUCAUCCGGCUGCGGCCGAGGUUCGAGCCGGCAUGCUGGAGCGCAAGAGCAAGUAUCUCAAGAGCUAUACCCCGGGCUGGUAUGUAUUAUCGCCGACUCAUCUUCACGAGUUCAAGUCCGCGGACCGUGUUGCGUGGCAGACCCCAGUCAUGUCACUGUAUCUGCCGGAGCAGAAGCUGGGAUCACACUCCCAGGAGGACUCCAGCUCCCACAAGUUUAUGCUUAAGGGUCGACAAACUGGUGCUAUGCAUCGUGGUCACUCGUGGGUUUUCCGCGCCGAAUCCCACGAGACUAUGAUGUCCUGGUUUGAAGAUAUCGAGAGUCUGAUCAACAAGACGGGCGAAGCACGCGAUGCCUUUGUUCGCAAGGCCUCAACUCGUCAACGACAUGUGCGUAGCGUCAGCGGAAUGUCUACUAACAGUGAGGUAAUGGAGGAUGAUGAAGCCGACCGCACUCCGUAUUCAGCGGAGUCGGUGGUUCUGGCCAACGGUCAGGAGCGGCCCAUGUCCGCCACCCGCCAGCCCGGUGGGGCAUUCCCCAGUGACGUUCAGAUUGAUCGGCAUCUCCAGGCGCCUCUUUCCCCAUCGAGCGGUGAUAGCUCGGCCGGGCGUGAGAUGAUCGCCGCAGCAGGAGCCAUUCCGGAUGGUACUACCGCGGGCCCUUCGCGAUACUACCCAGGUCGCGAUGCCGACAAUGUGUCUCAGCGGGGGACAAACGAAAGCCCCGCAUCUCAGUCUCGCAUGAGCCGUCACGACAGCUACUACGGUGAUUGGAUUGGACCUACUGCUAUUGUUGGCCAACAGAAGAAGAGCCAGCUGUCGGAGGCGGCCAACGCAGAUGAUCGAGAGAUUCGGUCGGAUGGGGACCAUAACUCCAUUGUCGCCAUGUCUGGCGUAGUUGAAGCGCCAGACCGCCGUGAUCACUCGGCUCCUGCACAGGUGGCUCGUCGCGAGAGUGUCUCCACGGCGCCUACAAACACCAAUGUCACAGACUACACAAAUAACACCCUCGCGACUUCAGUCGAUGAUACGCACGAAUCGAAGACCGCCGGCAUCAUGGCCGUGGACUCGGCCCCCUUCGGCGGUUUCGAGGAUGGGUAUGCUGACAGGAGUUUUGUGAACGGCGCUGGAGGCACCGCGAAGACCGGGCCUGACUUGUCGCGCCCGAAGCAGGAUAGCGUGGUCGCCAUUGACAUGCAGAUUCCUGGUCGCUUCCCACCAACCAAUGUGGCCGCAUGA